UGCAAUCGAAGGUAAUUAAGCAUAACCUAAAAAAAUAAAUAAUUGAGUGUCAUCUCAACUAGUUUAAAGAACACUUUUUAAAUUAAAACUUACGAAAAUGACUCUAUACCAUUUCGGAAACUGUGUUGCUUUAAUCUACGUUCCAUAUUACCUGACUUAUAAGUAUUCUGGACUUUCAGAAUAUGGGGCAUUCUGGAAAUGCAUACAAGCAGGAAUGAUAUACAUGUUUACACAGUUAUGUAAAAUGUUGGUGUUGGCCACAUUCUUUCCAGAUAAUGAUGCAGACAUUGGAAGUGAUCUGUUAGGGGAAUUUUUGAAGGCUACUGUAGAUAUUGCUGAUUUGGUUGGAUUAUAUUUUGUACUCUCGGGAAUACCUGGUAAAGGUCACAGUAAAGUUCUGACUGCAGGUAUUGGAUGGGCCACUGCUGAAGUUAUUCUUUCUAGAGCUCUUCUACUGUGGGUUGGUGCCAGAGGUGCUGAAUUUGAUUGGAAGUACAUACAGAAAUGUUUAGAGUCAAACAUUUUCCUGAUUCAGCACAUAUCUUCAGCUACACUAAUUUGGUUGUGGUCCAGGCAUGAUUUGAAAACAAACCUCAAGCCUAUUGUAACAGCAUUGCUGAUCUUUACUGCCUACAAGGGAUUAAUGUUGGAUAUCCUAUUAAAAGUUUUAAUGACUGGCCCAUGGAUGAUGCUUGUAAUUAAAGCAUUAGUAACUUUGGCUACUGGAGGCUUCACUUUGACUAUCUACGCUGGCCUUGCUCAAGCAAUUGGAAUAUUCUAAGUUAUUUAUUAUGUAAUUUCUGUGAAACACAUACAUGUUUAAUUGUACAAUUAUAAACAGUACCUAAAUUACCA